CUGGGAACGAAUCGAUGUCAACCGACUCGAACGAUGUGCCGUUUUGGCCGUAUCCCGGGAUAUGGCAGGCUGCUCUCUAGGUGGCCGUCGAGUGACAUCGAUUUUCCUGUAUUCUAGUCAUUUGACAGCAGCAAGGCGGUUACAGAAAACUUGCGUACAGACUACGACUUCAACCACUGGUGGACUAUGGGUCUUGGCAUAUGAAAGGAAAGGGAGGGCCAUAAAAGCUGCGCGACAUCGUUUGAGCGGCAUAAAUGGUCUUCCCCGGGACGUAGUUGUUGUGACUGAUUGCGAAAGCUGUAGACUCAGAGAGAAGAUAUGAAUGAUAUAGAA